GCUAUUCGCCGAUCAUUUGCAAAGCAACACUGUACAUGCGUGGCUUCUACCUGAAGGCAGCCCAGCUUGUCUCCACCCGGGAUGACUUCCUGCCGGAGAUUUAUCUGGAGUGGUGCCGCAAGUUGCAGGACGAGGUCCCGAUGUCCAUCACGUCGGAGGAGGCCAAGCGGGUGGUCGCGCAGGAGCUGAAGAUCGAUCGCGUGGAUCAGCUUCUCACAGAUUGGGAGGACGAGCCCAUUGGCACUGCCUCCAUUGGCCAGGUGUACAAGGCGCGCCUGAAGUCGUCGAACCAGGAGGUGGCCAUCAAGGUGCAGGUGCCGAACGCCGAGCGCAUGUUUCGCGCGGACAUCACUUGCCUGAAGAUGUUUACAUAUUUGGCGAUCCCCUGGGCCUACGAGCAGAUGCGAGAGAUCGAGAAGAUGUUCCAAUCUGAGUUCGACUACCUGGCAGAGUUCCGCAACCUGGAGGCGAUGAGAUCCAAUCUGCUGCCCAGCUGGGGCCACAAGAUCUACAUCCCCAGGCCCAUCCCGGAGCUGCAGGGGCGCAGGGUCAUCGGCAUGGAGCUGCUCAAAGGGGAGAAGUUCAUUUCUGCAGUGCGGCGACGCUUGCAGCCGCUGGCCGAGCGUGAGGGGAAGAGUGUGGAAGAAUACGAGAAGGAGCAGACGGAAGCACUCCGCAGUGGCAAGCGGAAAGCUGAGAGCGCAGCGUGGCUCCACUGGAAGGUUACCUUGUGGCGCUGGUGGCGCUGGGUGUUGCGCCGGAAAGACCCUGAGCCUGUGGACGUGGGCGGCAUUUUUGAUCUCCUCAUGUCCAUCCACGGCCAGCAAGUGCUGCAAGAUGGGUGCUUCAAUGCAGACCCUCAUCCGGGCAACAUCUUGCUGUUGGAGGACGGGAAGACGUUGGGCCUCAUCGACUUUGGCCAGGUCGCCUACAUUUCCCAGGACUUCCGCCUGAGAUUGGCGCGGCUGAUGCUGGCGUUGGCGAAUCGCGACAAGGCGCUGGUGGCGCGGUAUGAGAGCCACUUGCCUACCGCCCUCGCCUCCAACGCGCCGGGCAGCACUGGCAUGUGGCUACUUUGUCGCAGAAAGCUGAUCCUCUGCACCUCUUUGAAUCCGCAUGGCGCCAUGCGCUUGGCGCUGCUCUUCCUGCGCGGUGCGGCGGGGGGGCCCUGGUCCUAUACGCUGGUGCACCCGCCGAAGCAGCUGGCCUUCUGCUACGUGAGCACUUCUGGCGGCAGAUGGAAAGGCAAAGUGGCGAGCCAGCGGAUGGUUCACUUCUUCAACCUGCUGAACCGCGUGCAGGUGCCGGAGACCUUGACGCUCUGGAAUGAGCACAUCUCCCCGGAGGAGCUCAUCUUUUGGCAAGGCUCCACGCCGGUGGGGCAGAAGAUCCCAGAGCCGGGCCGCGGCUGGAGGUUUGCCGCCUUUGUGCGGGACCCUUUGGAGCGGUACGUCUCAGCCUUCCUCUCCAAGUGCGUGCCUGGACCGGACGGGGUGCUGGAAGACAACGGCCGGCACUGCUGCUUCGCGGCCUACGGAAAGCACCUCACGGGGGAGCAGCUGAUCGAAGCCUUUGAGCGGCGGGUGAUCAGAGACGCGAAGAUGCGGGGGCCCUGCGACAACAUGCACUGGCGCCCGCAAGUGGAAUGCCUGGCCAUGUGCGGCCCGCAGUUCCACGACACCAGGACCUUGGAUUUCCUGGGGGUGAUCUCAGCCUUCCACGGUCGACCCAUGAAGGACCAGGUCUACGAGAUGCUGAGCAUGGCCAACGUCACCCAGCAGCAUGUGGAGAAGGUGUUCGGCUCCCAGCCCGACCAGCACGCGCGGGACGCAGGGAGCUUCUUUCAGAAGUUCUUCAGGAACAUCACCAUCCUUUGUGCUGCUCUCUCCUUGUAUCAGAUCGACUACCUUCAGCUGGGUCUACCGCUGAUCUUGUCGGAAGAGGGGGCCAGAUGGUCGCAGGAGGGCUGGCGCUGUGAGAGCGGAGCCAUGCUCCGGUGGUAA